AAAGAGGAAUCAUUUUUUCGAUUGACACAGACACUGAAUCAGUUCAACAUUGAUUACUUAACUUUUCUCAAGUUUCAAACUAACAUCAAAAAUCAAAAAUGAUCCGAACAAUUGCCAUCGUCGCUUUAUUCCUUGCCUAUGCUCAAGCUCGAAACAUAACCUUUAGCAACUGCUCACCAAACGGAAAAAUCAACUUCGUCAAUGUCAUUCCUUGUGAAGCUGAACCAUGCACCUUUAAAACUGGAGAUGAGGUCCAUCUAAAUGGUCAAUACAAAACCAGCAUUGCUGCAUCCAAACCCACUUUAAAGGCUGAGAUCAAAGUUGAUGGUGAAUGGGUUGAGUAUCCUGAGGUUGAGUCCGAUGCUUGCAAAUACACCAGCUGUCCCAUCGAAGCUAAUGUUGCCUAUCCAUACGUUCUUGAUACAAAUGUUAUUGAUUGGCCUGAAUCAUUUGCCACUGAAAUGCGAUUCCGUUUGUUCGCCGAUGAUGGAAAAACUGAGCUUAUCUGUGGUUCAAACGCUAUCGUUGUAGUUAAAGCAUAAAUAGAACAUUUCUUGAAUUCAAUUUUUUGAUGAUUUCCUAAUAAACUAAUCGACUAUUAAUUGCAA